AGUGACGCUACUAGAAACCAAGUGACGACAGGCGAUGUUUGUUGUCAUAUCUGUUUUUGUUGUGAAGAGCAAAGGCGAGGAUCAUCUUUGCUCGAAUGGACCUAUGGUUAAUAUUAUAGAGAGGUAGAAUGUAAAACACGAUGGCUGGUUUUGAAACGUACCAGGAGUAUCAGCGGAUAGAAGAAUGUGAUGAAGACUCACCCCCAGGAGAGGAAGAUUUACUCAUCCAUGUGCCAGAGGGCAGAGGGGACCCAUGGCAUCAUAUCAAGAACCUCGACAAUUUCUUCACAAGAAUCUAUCAUUUUCAUCAAAAGAACGGAUUCGCCUGUAUGGUGUUAUCAGAGUUUUUUGAGCUCGUGCAAUUCCUGUUUGUGGUCACGUUUACAACUUUCCUCUUCAACUGUGUGGAAUAUGAUGUUCUUUUUGCCAACCGAGUGGUCAACCACACGGGUCAGAGCCUCGGUCCUCUGGACAGGAACAAGGUCACCCUUCCUGAUGCUAUUUUACCCAGCGAGCAGUGCACUGAGAGGAUUCAAGGAAACAGCUGGAUCAUCUUUCUCUUGAUAAUGGCAGCCAUUUUCUGGGUCUAUCGGCUUGUGAAGAUGAUCUGCAAUGUCCUCAGCUACUGGGAGAUCCGGCAGUUUUAUAUUAAAGCACUGAAAAUAAAGAUGGAUGAGUUGUGCAACUUCACAUGGCAAGAAGUUCAAGUUCGUUUGAUUCACCUGCAGCGUGAGCAUCCCAUGUGCGUCCAGAAGCGUGAACUUUCCGAACUAGACAUCUACCACCGCAUCCUGCGCUUUAAAAACUACACUGUGGCUAUGAUCAACAAGUCCCUGCUGCCCGUCAGACUGCGUGUGCCCUUCUUCGGCGACAUGAUUUUCCUCACGCAGGGCCUAAAAUACAACUUUGAGUUCAUUCUGUUCUGGGGACCCCUUUCACUCUUCCAGAACAAAUGGAGCUUGCAUCCUAAAUACAAACGGGCGGCAAACCGGCAGGAGCUCGCCAAGCAGCUCAGCCACAUCAUACUGUUGACAGGUCUUGUCAAUCUGCUGCUGUGCCCUUUCGUGCUGGUGUGGCAGGUGCUGUAUGCGUUCUUUAGCUACGCUGAAGUCAUCAAGCGGGAGCCGGGAAGUUUGGGGGCCCGGCGCUGGUCGCUGUACGGCCGUCUCUACCUGCGGCACUUUAACGAGCUGGAUCACGAGCUGCAAGGCAGGAUGGGCCGUGGGUACAAACCCGCCGCCAAGUACAUGAAUGCUUUCGUUUCUCCUCUGUUGGCCGUGCUGGCCAAGAACGUGGCUUUCUUCUCCGGCUCGGUGUUCGCUGUGCUCAUCGCUCUGACAGUGUAUGAUGAAGACGUGCUGACUGUGCAGCACAUCCUGACAGCCAUCACCGUACUUGGAGUGGUCAUCACCAUCACCAGGUCGUUUAUUCCAGAUGAACAUAUGGUGUGGUGUCCUGAACAGCUGCUGCAGUGUGUCCUGGCCCAUAUUCACUACAUGCCCGACCACUGGAAGGGCAACGCCAACAAGAGCGAGACCCGCGAUGAGGUGGCACAGCUUUUCCAAUAUAAAGCGGUCUUUAUCUUGGAGGAGCUUCUCAGUCCCAUAAUUACCCCCUUCAUCCUCAUCUUCCCCCUGCGGAGCAAGUCUUUAGAAAUCAUCGACUUCUUCCGUAACUUCACCGUAGAUGUGGCAGGGGUGGGAGACAUUUGCUCAUUCGCCCAGAUGGACAUCAGGCGCCAUGGCAAUCCACAGUGGAUGUCUGAAGGUCAGACGGAGGCAUCGGUGUACCAGCAGGCUGAGAACGGCAAGACGGAGCUGUCUCUGAUGCAUUUCACCAUCAAAAACCCACGCUGGCAGCCCCCGCAGGAGAGCUCUGUGUUUAUCAGCCACCUGAAGGAGAAGGUGCAUCUGGACGCUCAGACGGGACCGUCUCCUCAGCUGCUGCUGUCCGAGGCUCCUCUCUGUACCUCGCUGCUGUCCAAUGAGUCCGCCACGGGGCCUGAUAACCUGUUAGCCAGUGUGUUGGCUCACCCUGUACUGACUGCCUCCGGACUGCCUGGAAGGAACCGGCGCUUUAUCUCUCCGAGCAGCGCGGCUUCGGCUGCGGCUAGUGUCCUGGCGUCCCUCUCGUCGUCUCAGCAGCCCCAUGCCGGACGUUCUCGCUCACACACUCUUCUACCGUCCCGACAUCAGCACGACGGCCUCAUGUACUUCAGUGACCACACUGUGGGCGACAGCAUGUCCGCAAGUGACUCCAAGGUGCUCAGCCAGUCUCAUUCAGCCCUGGCGUCAGAGUUCGCAUCUGCCGAGAUGAGCCUGCACGCUAUUUACAUGCAUGAGGUGCAUCAGCAGAAGACCCAGCAUGCAUCUGGACUGUUUCAGGCCCCUGUGCCAAUGAGGGACUUGAGCACCAACAGUGCUCCUCAGACACAGUCCUCACAGACAGUCACCUUGGUGUCGCCCGCUUCUGGCCGCUUGGGUGGCUGGGCUGAAGAGGAAGAGGAGCAUGGGGAUGAGGAGGAGAUAAACAGCAACCCUUUGCCGGAUCAGACCAGCAGAGGGAGCAGCUGAAGUGCCUUCAACCUGUAUGGUUUUGUGUUGAUUUCUGGGAGUUGUGGCCUUGCUUUGAAACCUUUUGAUCAAGCAUGCUGGGACGCCACACCAAGCAUGCCGUUCCAGGAGCCCGCCGGAGACGCUCGCUUCUCUGGACGCACCGUCUUCCAGUUCAGAGGAACUGACGUAAUGGACUGCAAGAGUAUGUCUGCCACUUUCCCUCCCUCCUCACUUCAAUUACAUUUAAAUUUAAGACUGCUGUGUGUGUUUGUGUGUGUUGGAGUGUAUGUUUUUGUUUUGUUCAUGACACAACAGGAUGACACUUGUUUUACAGUAUUUAUUUCCAUUUCAUUUUCUUUCAUGCAACGUUUGGGUUAGAGCAAGUUGCUUUGUCCGCGCCGGCAGUAUUUACUUUUGAAGCACUGCCUUGGUUUUGAGGGAUGAAAACAACAUCCUUUUAUCGUAGUAUUGCUAGUUUCAUUUUUGUGUUACAGCACCGGCGGACAGAGAAAACAUUACUGAAUGUAAAAUCAUGCCAGUUGCCUCAUAAGAAAAAAAUACUAUUCAACUUAAAAUUAUGAUUUUUUUUUCCCUUAAAGAAAAUAUAAUAUAUAUAUAGAAUUAAAGGUAAUUUUUGCCUAGUUUAAUUUAAAUGAAAUGCAUUCACAGAAGUUUUGACAGAUCUUAACAAUAACCUCGUAGCCUAAAAAAAAAAAAUGCAACAUUUAAACAAGAAAAAAAGAUUUUAGCAAUAAAAUUUAUCACACUUUACCAAAAAGGGUUUGAUUUGCAGGGAAACAAAGUUCAAAUGCAGUUUAUGGAAAAAGUAGGUAUGUCAUGAACAUGUUUCAUAUAAACUGUCAAAUUAAUCAUAUUAAAACAUCUUUAAAUGAUCAUAUGACUGCAUUAAAGGAUUUUUGUUAUUAUUUAAAUGAUGCAAAUGCUAUAAGAAUGAAGAUAUGUUCGAAAAAAUGUGUCGAAAAAAUAUUAAAUUAAUAAAAAUGAAAGGAUUUUUGUUAAAAAGCCAGACAUUAGUCACCGUUCACACCCAUUUAAAUAUUACUUCUAGGCUACUUGUUCAACUUGUAAACAGCAUAUUAAAUUUUUUAACCACUUAAAAAGUUAAAAAUAGUGACUAUUCAAGGUAAAACUCAGUUUGAAGCUGUUAAUAGUGUUUUUAAGGCUGGUUUUGAUUUGUACUAUGUACCCGACCGACAACAGUCUAUUCCAGUGUGUUGAAUUAAAUAUUACACAUCUGACAGAUGAUCUUUCAAGCCGUAUCCCAGAAUUCAUCAGUUUAAGCAGUUAAUGUCUCGUGUCCGAGUCGGUGUAGACCCAAAACUGAAGGGUAAGAUUUUUGUGUGGUGAGCGUUCAAUCAGUUUUUAAACUAGAAUCCGCCAUAGAACAAAUAGUUUUUAAUUAAUGUGCUCUCAAAGCACAGGAAAGGUUUGCCUCUGUAAUAUAUCACUAUCACAAGAGCCGGAGGGCUUUUUGACAGUUUACACAUGCUAUAUGAGGCUCUGGCCCAAAUGACGCACAGUCCUCCCUGUGGCCAGAGCAUAUUAGAAGCUUUCAGAAAUCACCUACUUGAAAUACUGCAGUAAAUGGAUGUUAGAGAGUAGCUUGAAGCGUAGUUAAUAAGGGUAACGGCAUCAGUAUCAUACCCACUGAAAUACCUCCCAGUGUACCUUAAGACCGCAUAUGUACAGUAUUUAUUUGUGUGGGUGUGACGUUAUUGAGCGAACACGAUCAGGAUGAUGUUGUUGUUGUUAAGACGCGCAGUUUGCAGUGUUACGGGAUUCUGGGUUUUUUCCACACAAGCCUGAACUGUGCAAGUGAAACACUUUGUUUUACAGCUCUGCUAUCUUAAAGUUCUGUUUAAACAGUCUGGAGUCGGACUGUGCCAGGUGCUAUAUAUUUGUAUAUUUAAUUUGUUUCGAUAUUUGUCUCUUUUUGUUGGAUUUUGACUUUUGUCUGAUCGAAAUAACACUAUCAAAAAAUAAACCAUACCAAAACCCA